CUAUGACGACUGAAGUGUAGUUAUAAAUACCGGCUUUUUGUACGCACUCCUUUCAGUGGUCUUUCAUAGCGGCAGAGGGUUGAAGGGUUUGGACGUGGGGGUUUAUUUUUUAUUUCGAAAAGUUUCCGUCUAAUGGACAAACUCUUCGUAAAUGCUUUUUAAGAACGCUCCUUUCAGGAAAGUAUAUAUCGGCUUCUCAGAGGGCCUUGGCCUUGCCUUAUAUUUGAAGGUUUUUAACUUCACCGGCGAGCCUCCUUGGGCGAACAGCUGAGACUUCGCCAUAAAGAGAUCCCAUUUCUUUCUUGUCCAAUUUGUUGCAUUUUUGGGUGUUCCUGCUGUAGUUCACCUCCUCUUCUCUGUUAAAAAUGAAUGGAUUUAGUGAUGCCGACUUCGACUUCUCAUUCCUUGAAGAGGGCUUUGCUGCCAGAGAUAUUGUGGAGAAAAAAAUUAAUGAAGUGUCACUUUCGGAUGACAAAGAUGCCUUUUAUGUAGCCGACCUUGGUGAUGUCCUAAAGAAGCACUUGAGAUGGACACGUGCUCUUCCUCGAGUCACUCCAUUUUAUGCAGUGAAAUGCAACGACAGCAAAGCUAUUGUGAUGACCCUUGCUGCUUUGGGUGCAGGGUUUGAUUGUGCCAGCAAGACUGAAAUCCAGCUGGUUCAGAGCAUUGGUGUUCCGCCUCAGAAGAUCAUUUAUGCAAAUCCCUGCAAGCAGGUGUCUCAGAUCAAGUAUGCUGCAGCCCAUGGUGUACAAAUGAUGACUUUUGAUAGUGAAGUUGAACUAGCAAAAGUUGCAAGAAGCCACAGUAAUGCAAAGUUGGUACUCCGAAUUGCUACUGAUGACUCAAAAGCAGUCUGUCGCUUGAGUGUGAAAUUUGGCGCAACACUUAAAACUAGCAGACUUCUGCUUGAGCGUGCCAAAGAGCUGGGUGUUGAGAUUAUUGGAGUGAGUUUCCAUGUUGGAAGUGGCUGUACUGACCCAGAAACCUAUACUCAGGCCAUUUCAGAUGCUCGCUGUGUAUUUGAUAUGGGGGCAGAGCUUGGUUUUAACAUGACACUUCUUGAUAUUGGAGGUGGCUUUCCUGGAGCAGAAGAUGCUAAGCUGAAGUUUGAAGAGGUUACUACUGUAAUUAAUCUUGCUCUGGAUAAAUACUUCCCUGUUGAUCUGGGUAUAAAUGUCAUUGCUGAGCCAGGAAGAUACUACGUGGCAUCUGCCUAUAUUCUUGCUGUUAAUAUCAUUGCCAAGAAAGUUGUCCUUAAGGAGAAUGACUCUGAUGAGGAUGAUGGUGCCAAAGAGAAAACACUGAUGUACUAUGUUAAUGAUGGUGUUUAUGGGUCAUUCAACUGCAUCUUUUUUGACCAUGCACAUGUAAAGCCACUGCUUCAUAAGAAAUCCAAGCCAGAUGAGAAGCUUUAUUCCUGCAGCAUCUGGGGGCCAACUUGUGAUGGACUUGAUCGCAUUGUUGAGCUAUGUGAAAUGCCAGAUCUUCAAGUUGGAGACUGGAUGAUUUUUGAAAACAUGGGGGCUUACACUGUAUCUGCAUCCUCGACAUUCAAUGGCUUUCAGAAACCAGAUAUCCAUUAUGUAAUGUCAAGGCCAGCCUGGAAACUAAUGCAGCAAAUGAAAGAGCAGGGAUCCAUUCUUCCAGUGCAUGACCUUACUGCAAACACUCUUCCAGUAUCGUGCGCAUGGGAAAGUGGAGUGGAACUUCCCAAUACUGCCUGCUCUUCAGCUCCUAUUGUUUAGAGUAGCUUUUUCAACAGUUUCUUUUGGGGGACCAGUAACUUAAUGAAGUUUUAGCUGAAAGGAGUUAAAUGCAACAAAAUGGAUGACAAAGAAAUGGGAUUAUAUUAUUGUGUUCCUAUGGAAAGUUUGUAUUUUUAUAACAAUAAAACCUUUUUUUAUGCUUUU